AUGCGUGGUAGCAUAUUAGUCCUUGGAUUUAUAACCGCCUUCAUUAUUUUUCUUUCAAAAUCAUCGACAUGUUAUGUUAAUGCCAAUUCAUUAGAGGCCGGAAGUUUUCAAGGUUCAUCACCUGCCACAACUUCCAAUACUAAGUUUAGACGCCGUCGAUAUGUUGUUAAUUCUAUAGAAGAAAGAGCCGAUCCAGAUAGUCCUAAACCUAACCCAACUGUUGAAAAUGCAAAUGCAAGUAACUCGACAUCAGUAGUUGCGACUCAAAGUACUAACAAAAAAAAAGUGGAUCAACCUGAACCAAUAUCUAUGGUUACGAUAAUUGCUCUUAUAUCAGCUGGAGGUGUGGUGAUGGUGAUGGUUAUUAUCUUUGCAUUUAUGCGUAAGAGAAGACUAAGGAAAAUGGCAAAUCAAGCAGACAUUAUAACACUAGAUCAACAAAACAAUUUAUAUAUAGAGAUGAAAGAGAACGAACCACAAUCGUAUACGGCUGUGGCAACCUAUACCCCAAACAUGGGUGAUGAACUUAAUAUACAACUUGGUGACAAAGUUACCAUCCUUGCAGAAUAUGAUGAUGGUUGGGUACUAGGUGUUAAUGAGACGCGUGGUGGCAUUAAGGGCGUAUUCCCUAAAAAUUGCGGCAAUGAAAGUAAUAAUGAAUCCAUUGAUACAGAAUCAGAUAUUGAUCCUGACGAUUAUGAAUAUUAUGAUAACCAUAAUAGAGAUAUUGAUUUUCUAAUAGAAGACUACAUAGAUUUAAAUAAUUCUUUAUUUAAUUAUGAAGGUAGUGACAAAAAUAAAAUUGAUAUAAGUGUAGGGAAUUUACAUCAUAAUGAAAAUUAUGAAUAUAACCCCAAUGAUUUGGUUUCCAAUGUUUUUGCUGUGAUGUGUGAGGAAGAUUUGGAUUAUGAUUCACAUAAUUUAAGUUUUGAUAAUAAGACAGAAAUUGCAACGAAAAUAAUAAUGAUGAAAUUCAAAGUUCUGAAAAAAUUAGUAAUAUUAAUAGUAAGUAAUGAUGAAAGUUCAGAUAAUGAUGAUGAUGAUAUUGAAAUAAAUGAAGAAGAAAAUCUAAAAAAAUACACCAAAGAAAAAAUUUACAUUAAGGAAAAGAAUUAA